AUGGGCUCACAUUGCAAAUCAUUCUUUGCGAAAUGGAACCGUGGAAGGGUUACUAUCAUUCCGACCUAUGCCCAACUCAAAUCCAUAGUCGCCGAGGAGAAGCUAACUGUCCCCUUCGACUUCAAACGCUUCCUGGAGCUGAUGGGGAUGCACAUGAAGCCCUUCAAUCGCCAGCUCCGCGACGCCUUCAAGGUCCUUAACAAGGAAGCCACCGACUUCGUCUCCUUCUCGGAGCUCCGGUACAUCCUCACCAGCAUCGGCGAGAGAUUGGAGAUCUUCCCUAAUAACUUUGGGGCCGGAGUCGUUGUUGGUGGAGCUGGAGACGAGUUUGCCAGUAUAAAUGCGCCGGCGUCGUUGUUGGAUGGUGUCACACCCUAA